UGUAUUUGAAAGCAGAUUCAUUUUGCAUUUGUUAGGGUGUUCAAAACCCUCCGUGGGGGCAAGUUGGUGGUGAGAGAGGAGGGCUCAGGGCGACGGUAGCAGCAGCCCUUCUUCGUCUGAGAACUAGCGGCAGUACGGAGCGAUGCGUUGAAGUUGGAAAAAAGACAGUAACAAAGGCCAGUAGAAGACCGUGUGGAUCGUACAUCAACAAGCAUGGAGUUCCCGCAACAGCAGAAACCGGCGGGGGACGGAAAAAUCGUCUAUCCUCCUGGAGUGAAAGAGAUCACGGACAAAAUCAGCAACGAUGAGGUGGUCAAACGAUUGAAGAUGGUGGUGAAGACCUACAUGGACAUGGAUCAAGACUCUGAAGAGGAGAAGCAGCAGUAUCUCAGCCUGGCACUCCACCUCGCCUCAGAGUUCUUCCUCAGGAACCCCAAUAAAGACGUACGGCUACUGGUGGCCUGCUGUCUGGCUGACAUCUUCAGGAUCUACGCCCCCGAGGCCCCUUACACCUCCCAUGACAAACUCAAGGACAUCUUCCUGUUUAUCACCAGACAGCUAAAGGGGCUAGAAGACACCAAGAGCCCUCAGUUCAACAGAUACUUCUACCUGCUGGAGAACCUGGCGUGGGUGAAGUCGUACAACAUAUGCUUUGAGCUGGAGGAUUGCAAUGAGAUCUUCAUCCAGCUCUUCAAAACACUCUUCUCUGUCAUCAAUAACAGCCAUAACCAGAAGGUUCAGAUGCAUAUGAUGGACCUGAUGAGUUCUAUCAUCAUGGAGGGAGACGGAGUCACACAGGAGCUGCUGGAUACCAUCCUCAUUAACCUCAUCCCUGCACACAAGAAUUUGAACAAGCAAGCGUACGAUCUUGCCAAGACCCUGCUUAAGAGGACCGUCCAGACCAUAGAGACGUGCAUCGCAAACUUCUUCAAUCAGGUUUUAGUGAUGGGCAAGUCGUCAGUCAGCGACCUAUCAGAGCACGUCUUUGACCUCAUCCAGGAACUGUUUGCCAUCGACCCUAUGCUGCUUACCUCUGUCAUGCCACAGCUGGAGUUCAAACUGAAGAGCAAUGAUGGCGAGGAGCGUCUAGCUGUUGUACGGUUGCUAGCGAAGUUGUUCGGGGCCAAAGAUUCAGAGCUGGCCUCGCAGAACAGACCACUGUGGCAGUGCUUCUUAGGACGGUUCAAUGACAUCCACGUUCCAGUGAGGCUAGAGUGUGUAAAGUUUGCCAGCCACUGCCUCAUGAACCACCCAGACCUGGCCAGAGACCUGACAGAGUACCUAAAGGUGCGUUCCCAUGAUCCAGAGGAAGCCAUCCGUCAUGAUGUCAUUGUCACCAUCAUCAACGCUGGGAAGAAAGACCUCAACUUGGUCAACGACCAGCUGUUGGGCUUCGUACGGGAAAGGACUUUGGACAAGAGGUGGCGUGUGCGUAAGGAGGCCAUGAUGGGCCUGGCUCAGCUUUAUAAGAAAUACUGUCUGCACCAUGAGGCUGGGAAGGAGUCUGCCCUGAAGAUCAGCUGGAUCAAAGACAAGCUGCUGCACAUAUACUAUCAGAACAGCAUCGAUGACAAGUUAUUAGUAGAGAAGAUCUUUGCCCAGUACAUGGUCCCUCACAGUCUUGACACGGAGGAGAAGAUGAAGUGUCUGUACUACCUGUACGCCUGCCUGGACACAAAUGCUGUCAAGGCUCUGAAUGAGAUGUGGAAGUGUCAGAACAUGCUCAGAGGCCUUGUCAAGGAGCUGCUGGACCUUCACAAGCUGCCAGUGUCUGAGGCCAAUAAUACUGCCAUGUUUGGGAAGCUGAUGAGUAUUGCCAAGAACCUGCCAGAUGCGGGAAAGGCCCAGGACUUCAUGAAGAAGUUUAACCAGGUUCUGGGUGAGGACGAGAAGCUCAGAGUCCAGUUGGAGAUGCUCAUCAGUCCGACCUGCUCCUGCAAACAGGCUGAGAUCUGUGUGAGGGAGAUCACUCGGAAGUUGACAUUCCCCAAACAGCCCACCAACCCCUUCCUGGAGAUGGUCAAGUUCCUGCUGGAGCGCAUCGCUCCCGUCCACAUCGACUCUGAGGCCAUCAGUGCUCUGGUGAAGCUGCUUAACAAGUCCAUUGAGGGCACGGCUGAUGAUGAUGAGGAGGGUGUUACCCCUGAUACAGCCAUCCGCUCAGGCCUGGAGCUACUCAAGGUCCUGUCGUUCACCCACCCCACGGCAUUCCACUCGGCAGAGACCUACGAGUCUCUGCUUCAGUGUUUGAAGAUGGAGGAUGACAAAGUGGCAGAGGCGGCCAUCCAGAUUUUCAGAAACACUGGGCAAAAGAUCGAGACGGAAUUACAACAGAUAAGAUCGACCCUGAUUCCCAUCCUGCAUCAGAAAGCUAAGCGGGGCACACCACACCAGGCCAAACAGGCCGUCCACUGUAUCCAUGCCAUCUUUAAUAACAAAGAAGUGCAGCUGGCACAGAUUUUUGAGCCUUUGUCACGUAGUCUGAACGCAGAUGUCCCAGAGCAGCUCAUUACUCCCCUAGUGUCAUUGGGCCACAUCUCCAUGCUGGCCCCAGAUCAAUUUGCUUCACCAAUGAAGUCUAUUGUGGCCAACUUCAUCGUGAAGGACUUGCUCAUGAAUGACAGGUCAGUGGGAAACAAGAAUGGCAAGCUGUGGACCACUGAUGAGGAAGUCUCACCUGAAGUUCUAGCUAAGGUGCAGGCCAUCAAGCUGCUUGUGCGUUGGUUGCUAGGAAUGAAGAACAACCAGUCCAAAUCAGCAAACUCCACCCUGCGCCUGCUGUCAGCCAUGUUGGUCAGCGAGGGAGACCUUACAGAGCAGAAGAAGAUCAGUAAAUCAGACAUGUCUCGUCUGAGGCUGGCUGCAGGUGGAGCCAUUAUGAAGUUGGCCCAGGAGCCUUGUUACCAUGACAUCAUCACACCUGAGCAGUUUCAGCUCUGCGGCCUUGUUAUCAACGAUGAAUGCUACCAGGUUCGUCAGAUCUUUGCUCAGAAGUUGCACUUGGCUCUCGUCAAACUGCUGCUGCCCCUGGAGUACCUGGCCGUCUUCGCCCUGUGUGCCAAGGAUCCGGUGAAGGAGCGCCGUGCCCACGCCCGACAGUGCCUCCUCAAAAACAUCUCCGUCCGCAGAGAGUACAUCAAACAAAACCCGCUCGCUCAGGAAAAACUUGUCUCCCUCCUUCCUGAGUACGUCGUCCCAUAUAUGAUCCACCUGCUUGCCCACGACCCAGACUUCACAAAACCACAUGAAUAUGAGCAGCUCAAAGACAUCAAAGAGUGCCUGUGGUUCAUGCUGGAGGUGCUGAUGACCAAGAAUGAGAACAACAGUCAUGCCUUUCUAAGGAAGAUGGUAGAAAACAUCAAACAGACCAAGGAUGCACAGUGUCCGGAUGAUGCAAAGGCCAAUGAGAAGCUGUAUAUUGUCUGUGAUGUUGCUCUCUUCGUGAUCGCCAACAAGAGCACUGCAUGUCACCUGGAUUCUCCAAAAGACCCUGUCUUACCUUCCAAGUUCUUCCUCAUACAGGACAAGGACUUCAAAAAUGAUAAAGAGUAUCUGUUGGCAGAUAUGAGACAAAUGCUGCUCACUGGGAAGCCUAAACCAGCUCCAGUGUUGGGAGCGGUGAACAAGCCUCUGACAGUACCAGGGAGGCGGAUCUUCACCAAGACCACCACAGCCUCAGACACAGCCAGCAACACCAGCACCAACUCCUCUCCACUGAGCUCCUCAACCAUCAACAAGAACAGUAACAGCAACGUUGCCACCGAGUCAUCAGAGAGCCGAGCGCAGGAGAACAAUGAGAACCCAGUAAUCAAGAAUGAUGAGGGGAAGAAGGAGGAGCCGAGUCAAAACGUGACUCCCGAUGCUGGGACAGAAGCAUCGCCUGUCAAAAGACGUGGCCGUCCACCUAAAACGGCUGCUGCUCCCUUAGCGGCUGAAAAAGAGGGAGCGGCGGCGCCGACAGGAGGGGGCGGAGCCGGCCGAGGCAGGAAGAGAGCGGCUGACCCCAACUCCAACCCGUCUGCAGAGUCAAUCAACAUCAAGAUGUCAAAACAGCAGCAGCAGAAUGAUGAAGGGACAAAGAGACAGAUUGACUUACAGAGCAAGUUUCCACUCGUGAGCAGAGAGGAGGUAAAAGUGAGAAAGCCUGGAGAGGAGACAGGGAGAGCUGUAGGGACAGUUGCCCUCCUCCUGGGCAGCGAGGGUGACACUGAGCUAGAGCUGGAAUCCAGCCCAGAGGGUGUUAUCUGUGACGGGAGGGACAGAGAGAGAUACCCCCUCCUGACACAAGGACAGACCAGCUGUGCAGCCAGGUCCAACACACACAGCCAGGGAGAUACCAAGUCCACAAGGAGGGUUGUCCCCUCUGGCAGGCAGGGAGAGCCCAACAGUGGAGUGAAGGUAAAGAGAAAACCGGUGAAGGUGAAAUCAAGACUGUAGAGAAUGGGCCAGAUUCUUCCUCAUAACCUUCCCAAUUCCCUACGUACAUGCUCCUCUGACUCUUAAAGCUUUCCUGGACACAUUAUGGACCUUUCGUAAAACACACACAUAAAGGAUACAUACACACCUGCGCACACACACACACCACUGAUAACCUAGAAGGUUUUAAACACCUUGUAGUCAUGAUUUGAAGCUCAUUGUAUGUAGGUCUUACUCAAAAAAACAUGUUAUUUUUUCCUUUGUGUUUGUUGCUCUUUGCUUCUUUUGUGGAGCCGUUUUUAAGAAAAAAAACAGGAUGGACAUUUUACAAACAUUUUAAUCUGGAUAUGAUUGUUGCUUAUUAAAUUCCCUGGGAAAAAUCCUA